AUGGCUGUGGGUGAGGCCCUCGUGCAUAUGAGGAUCACUGUCCUCCACCUCUGCCUGGGCAUCUUGCUUUUCCUUUCUGGAUGGGCCCAGAUUGGCCACUCUCAACACCAUAGCCUCCCAGAAGUAGUGAUACCCUUGAGGAUUACUGGCACCCAUAGAGGAUUGAGACCCCCUGACUGGAUCUCCUACAGUCUUCACUUUGGAGGCAAGAAACACAUUGUCCACAUGAAGGCCAAGAAACUUCUGGUGUCCAAACCCUUCUCUGUGUUCACCUACACAAAGCAGGGUGCUGUGCUUGAGGACCACCCUUUUGUCCAGAGUGACUGCUACUAUGAUGGCUAUGUGGAAGGGGACCCAGAAUCCCUGGUUGCUCUUAGCACCUGUUUGGGGGGCUUUCAAGGUAUGUUAGAGAUCCAUGACAAUGUUUAUGAAAUCAAACCCAAAAGACUUUCUGCCACAUUUGAACAUCUGGUUUAUAAGAUGCACAGAGAGAAGACACAAUUCCCACCCAUGAGAUGUGGACUAACAGAAGAAGAACUAGCACGACAACUGAAGCUCCAAAGGCGUGAUAAUUCCAUUCUGAGGCAAAGUGGUUUUGAAGGCUGGUGGACCCACACAUGGUAUCUUGAAACAGUUUUGAUUGUAGACUAUCAGCGAUUCCUUUAUAAGCAAAGUAAUGUUUCAUUUGUUAUACAAGAAGUAUUUUUGCUUGUCAAUAACAUACAUUCCCUUUUAAGUCCAUUGGGUGUUGAUUUGAUUUUACUUGGAAUUGAAGUCUGGAAUGAAAAGAACUUUUUUGAAGUGAGUAACAACAUAUUUGGAACCCUGUAUGAGUUUUGCAAUUGGAAGAGAGACAACCUAGAUUCUCGCAUAAAACAUGAUCUUGCACAUUUUUUGGUAAAACAAAAUUUUGGUAUGUAUUUUGGCAUAGCCUAUGCUUCAACAGUAUGCAUACCUGGUUUGGAAUGUGGAGUGGAUAGUUUCCCAGAUGAUGACCUGUAUGAAGUCUCACUUACCAUAGCACAUGAGAUGGGUCAUAAUCUGGGUAUGUACCAUGAUGUAUGGAUAUGUCAAUGUGGGCAACGCCAUUGYAUGAUGUCUGAAGAACGAUCAGAUGGCACAAGAUUCAGCAACUGCAGUUAUGCUCAAAUGUGGGAAAACUUUAAAUUGAUGAACUGUAUGCUCAACGCACCAAAACAAGAGGACAUCUUCAGGGGGACUGGCUGUGGGAAUGGUGUGGUUGAAGAAGGAGAGGAGUGUGACUGUGGAUCCCCAAUUUUGUGUACAAACCAUCCAUGUUGUUCGGAAAACUGCACUCUGAAAUUUGGGAGUGAAUGUGCUUCUGGGCUUUGUUGCGAAGACUGCCUUCUCUUGCCACCAGGUCAAGUGUGUAGAGAAAAUGUCAGUGAGUGUGAUCUUCCAGAGUGGUGCAAUGGCACCUCACCUGAGUGUCCAGAGGAUGUGUAUGUGCAGGAUGGGGUCCGUUGCAUGGGCGGUGGCUACUGCCAUGAGAAGAGAUGCAAUGCACGUGACGAACAGUGCAGACAGAUCUUUGGCAAAGAAUCCAGGAGUGCACAGGAGAGUUGCUACACAGAAAUGAACAGCCGAGGUGACCGCUUUGGUAACUGUGGUCUCAGUGAUGACCACUAUGUUAUGUGUAAUAUAUCAGAUUUCCUCUGUGGAAGAGUUCAGUGUGAGAACGUGAAAGAAAUUCCCUCUUUGAGAAGUCACACUACUGUACAUUGGAUUGACUUCAAUGGUGUGACCUGUUGGAGUACUGACUAUCAUUUUGGGAUGACCAUACCAGAUAUUGGUGAUGUGAAAGAUGGCACAGAGUGUGGUAAUGGACAAGUGUGCAUACACCGGAAGUGUGUGUCUAUGUCAUUGUGGGCAAGUGAUUGUUCACCAGAGACCUGUGCUAUGAAAGGGAUCUGCAACAACAAACACCACUGCCAUUGUGACCCUAACUGGGAACCCCCAAACUGCACAAGAGAUGGUCACGGAGGGAGUGUUGACAGUGGUCCACCCCCUGCAAAAGAACUUAAGAAAAAAGAGGAAAAUGUGCAGCCUUCACCUAAGAAGGAACAGUUGGGUGCUCAAACUUCACCUGAGAUGAAAGAGUUGGGUGAUCAAACUCCUCCUGAUAUGGAACAGCUGGACAAUAAAACUUCACCUGGGAUGGAAGAAUUGGGUGAUCAAUCUUCACCUGAGCUGCAACAGCUGAGGGCUUCGACUUCAACUUUAUCUGAGGCAGAGGAGCUCAAUGUUUAA